CGGCCCGACAUUCGUUCACCACUCGCGCUCCAGAACGGUCGUGCCUGCCCUCGGGAAUCAUCAUCAUUUGACGGCACAAAUCAGAGCCAGAGCCAGAAUCGGUUGAAAGUUCAAAAACUCCGCUAAUUUCGCUGCUUGUCGCAUUUUCAAUUAAAAUAAAUUGAAUGCAAUUUGUGAGACGCUGCAAAGAGACUGCAAAAUGUUUGUCUAACUCCCCGUCGAGAAAUCUCUUGCUCGUUGCUUGUCGCGUGUUUGUCGAGAAUCAACUCCAAUCGAAAUCAUAAACAAAGAAGUGCCAAUCCAAUCCAAUCCCAUACGAAAUGGCUGAUGAGAGUCUGCAUACAAUGCCGCUGGAGCAUAACAUAGACUAUCAUAUAGUGACAUUGUUCGAGCGCCUCGAAGCGAUGCGCAAGGACUCGCACGGGAAUGGCACAAACAACCGUCUAUCCAGCACCCUGCAGGCACCCAAGCGAAGCAUGCAGGCAGAGAUUCGCACUCUGGAGUUUUGGAGAUCCAUCAUCAGCGAGUGCCUCGCUUCGUUCCUGUACGUGUUCAUCGUCUGCGGAGCCGCUGCGGGCGCCGGCGUGGGUGCCAGCGUCUCAUCCGUGCUUCUGGCCACUGCCCUGGCCUCCGGCCUCGCCAUGGCGACACUUACGCAGUGCUUUCUCCAUAUCUCUGGCGCCCACAUCAACCCCGCCGUGACUCUGGCCUGCUGCGUGGUGCGCAGCAUUUCGCCCAUUAGAGCCGCCAUGUACAUGACCGCCCAGUGCGGCGGAGGCAUCGCUGGAGCUGCACUGCUUUACGGUGUCACUGUGCCUGGCUAUCAGGGCAAUCUGCAGGCAGCCAUAUCCCACAGCGCUGCUCUGGCCGCAUGGGAACGCUUUGGCGUGGAAUUCAUACUGACAUUCAUGGUCGUGCUCUGCUACUUUGUGUCCACCGAUCCCGCCAAGAGGUUUAUGGGCAACUCUGCGAUGUCCAUCGGUGCCGCCUACAGUGCCUGCUGCUUUGUGUCGAUGCCCUACCUGAAUCCUGCACGCUCUCUGGGUCCAUCGUUUGUGCUCAACAAAUGGGACAACCACUGGGUCUACUGGUUCGGGCCCUUGGUGGGCGGCAUGGCCUCCGGUUUGGUGUACGAAUACAUCUUCAACUCGCGCAGAAGCCAGCGCCACAGCAAGGGCAGCAUCGACAACGACUCCAGCUCCAUCCACUCCGAGGACGAGCUGAACUACGACAUGGAUAUUGAGAAGCCCAACAAGUACCAGCAGUCGCAGGGAACCUAUCCGCGGAGCCAGCCCAAUGGCAACGGAGGAGGCGGAGGUGCCUCAGGCGGACAGCAUGUGGCGCCCAACAUGGGACAGAUUGCGGGUGUGGUGGGACCCGUGCAGGGCAACUACUGUCAGAAUCUCUACACUGCUCCGCCGCUCUCCUCCAAGUACGAGCAGCAGCAGCAGCAGCAGGAGCCGCUCUAUGGCGGCACUCGGUCCCUGUACUGCCGCUCGCCCACUCUGACGCGCAGCAACCUGAAUCGCUCCCAGUCUGUUUACGCGAAGAGCAACACGGCCAUCAAUCGGGACAUUGUGCCGCGUCCUGGUCCGCUGGUGCCUGCCCAGAGCCUCUAUCCCAUGCGCACCCAGCAGCAGCAGCAGCAACAACAGCAGCAACAGCAUCAGCAGCAGGCGGUAAGCGCCGCCCAGUCCUCCCACCUGCAGAACCAGAACGUACAGAACCAGAUGCAGCAGCGCAGCGAGAGCAUCUACGGUAUGCGGGGAUCUAUGCGCGGACAGCAGCAGCCACUCCAACAACAACAGCAGCAGCAGCAGCUCCAGCAGGCACCCGUGAAUGUGCAGCAGCAGCAACAGCAGCAGAUGCAGCCACCGCCACAGCUGAUGGAGCAACAGCAGCAGCCGCAGGGCUUCCAGCCUGUGUAUGGCACUCGAACGAAUCCAACGCCACUGGAUGGCAGCCACAAGUACGACCGGCAGCAGCAGCAGCAACAGCCCCAACAGCAGCUGUACGGCAUGACGGGUCCGAGGAAUCGUGGUCAGUCUGCCCAGUCGGAUGACAGCUCGUAUGGUUCGUAUCACGGAUCGGCAGUCACCCCACCGGCGCGGCACCCGAGUGUUGAACCAUCGCCACCUCCGCCGCCCAUGCUCAUGUAUGCCCCACCCCCGCAACCUAAUGCGGCACAUCCACAGCCCAUUCGGACACAAUCGGAGCGCAAGGUGAGUGCUCCCGUGGUGGUGUCUCAGCCCGCCAGCUGUGCUGUUACCUACACAACAUCUCAGGGACCCACACCAACGCCCCAGCAGCAGCAGCAGCAACAGCAGCAGCAACAACAAAUGAUGAUGCAACAACAGCAGCAGCAGCAGCAGCAACAUUACGGUAUGCUACCGAUCAGACCCAACUGAAAGCGGCUCUCGUGGGGUCCAGUGACGACCCCGCCACCGCGGGCAAUGCACGCUCUGGGCACCAUGACCCUGCACAGCUGCAGCCUGGCCAAGCAGAGCAGUUUGUUUUAGUCGAUAACGAUAACGAUAACGAAGAGAAAGGAGCAAGCAAGCAUCCAAAGGAAGUGUACGCAAAGUCUCAGCCCUUAGUCUAACCUAAUCAUAGUUUAGCCAACCUCCCGACGUAUAGCUAGAAUAGAUUGUAGAAUAGAAACAGAAGAAAAGGAACUCUCACCUAGCAGCAGCAGCAACAGCAGAUGAUCGAUAACAGUGAUCGAUUAAUCCGUAAGAUAUAACCCUAAACUAAGGAACUUUAUUUAUGUAUUUCUUUUGUCUUUUUUGUUGUUGAUCGCUCAUCAGAAUCUUCCAAUUGCAAAGAAUUUGUUUUCAGUUUUCGUUGCCUUUUUUUUGUGAAGCCAAAAUUAUAGUUAAUUUGAUUUUUAUUUGUACAUAGAAAUUUUAUAGUUCCCAGCGUAGAACUAAGUCUAGAAUAUUCCUGUAAGAACUGUAAGCUACAACUAUAUUUAGUGAUAAUUAUAAUAGAACAUGUACUGGUAAUAUAGUUGUUAAAUCAUCAAAAUAACAAAGUCAAAUAUAUAAAGUGUAUCAAAGUAAA